AUGGGGACUGUGGGUCCAGUUCUCUGGAUCCUUUCUACUUUGACAUUUAAUCAUGCCUUUGAACUGUCAUCUCGAGUGUCGAAUCCUGCACAUAAUGAUCGAGUCUGCAGCACCUGGGGAAAUUUCCACUAUAAGACAUUCGAUGGAGACAUUUACCAGUUUCCUGGACCCUGCAACUACCUCUUUUCUUCCAACUGCAAAAACACCUUUGAAGAUUUUAAUAUCCAGAUAAGGCGCUCUGUUGACUCACAGAAGCCAGUUCUGUCCUAUGUGGUUAUAAAGAUUGAAGGGCUCGUCAUUGAGAUGAAGAAGGGAGACAUCAUUGUGGGAGGAGAACAUGUUUCGCUUCCAUUCAGCCAGUUUGGAGUUCAGAUACAGCAGACCAGUGUCUAUGUGAAGGUGUCGGCUAAGCUGGGGUUAACUCUUUUCUGGAAUCAUGAAGAUUCUCUGAUGCUUGAAUUGUCCUCAAAAUACAUGAACACCACAUGUGGAUUGUGUGGAAAUAUGAACGGGCUCAGUCAGGAUGAAUUCCAAAUUAACAAUGUACUGCUGUCUCCUGUACAGUUUGGAAACUUGCAAAAGUUUGACGGGCCCACCGAACAUUGUGAAGAUGUUAUUUCAUCUGUUCAAAAAAACUGCAGUGACUUGAAGGAUACUUGUGUCAGCAUGCUCUCCAGCCCAGCAUUUGAUGACUGUAACAUACAUCUCCCCAAGAAGUCCUACAUAGAAGCUUGUAUGUCAGAUCUUUGCAGCUGUCAGUCUUCAAAUGAUACAUCCUGUUUCUGUAACACUUUAGCCGAGUACUCCCGACAGUGUGCCCAUGCUGGUGGACGACCAAGUAACUGGAGAAAUAAAAUUUGUGCGAUCACCUGCCCAAUGAAUCUGCAGUAUGAGGAGUGUGGUUCUCCUUGUGCUGACACCUGUUCAAAUUUUGAGCAAACCCAAGUUUGUGAAGAACAUUGUAUAGAUGGCUGCUUCUGUCCACCAGGAACUGUAUUUGAUGAUGUUCACCAGCAAGGCUGUAUCCCACUCAGCGAGUGCUCCUGUACUUACAACAAUACGAUAUAUGCACUUGGAGAAUCCUACAGCACGAACUGCCGUAACUGCACCUGUCAAGGAGGUAAAUGGAGCUGCCAGGACCUUCCAUGUGCUGGAUACUGUUCUUUGGAGGGAGGAUCUCAUAUCUACACCUAUGAUGGUAGUCACUAUAACUUCCAUGGACAAUGUGAUUACAUCUUUACAAAGGACUGUGUACAGAACAUGUUUACUGUACUUGUUGAGCUGACGCAGUGCGGUGUCACCAAAACAGAGAGCUGCCUAAAAAGUGUUACCCUAUCCCUGGAGAAAGGAUUAACUGUCGUAUCGGUCAAAUCUUCUGGCACGGUCCUCUUGAAUGGAAUCUACUCCAGUUUACCUCUCUUUACAGACAAUCUUGCUGUGCUCCAGCCUUCCUCCUUUUACUUGAUCAUUAAGAGUUUCAUUGGGAUCCAGAUCCAAAUCCAGCUUAACCCUGUUAUGCAGAUCUCUGUGAGCUUGGACCCCGAAUAUAAAGGAGAUGCAUGUGGACUGUGUGGGGAUUUCAACAAUAUCCAAACAGAUGAUUUCCGAGCUGGCAGUGGACUUGUGGAAGGAACAGCUUCUGGUUUUGCCAACACUUGGAAGGCCCAGGCAGACUGUCCAAAUGUGAAGGACAGUUAUGAUAAUCCAUGUUCUCUCAGUGUGGAGAAUGAGAGAUUUGCCCAGUACUGGUGUUCUCAGCUAUCAGACAGCAAUGGAAUUUUUGCACCUUGUCAUGCUGCUGUGCAUCCAGAAAUAUAUCAAAAGAACUGUAUGUAUGACAGCUGUAACUAUGAAAACAGUGAGGACAGUGUAUGUGCAGCAUUAUCAGCCUACGUACGGGCCUGUGCCGCUGAGGGAGUGAUCCUGACGGGGUGGAGAGGUGUCGUCUGUGAUAAAUAUACAAAGAACUGCCCAAAGAACAGCACCUAUCAGUAUGCCAUUAGCACUUGCCAGAAAACCUGCCGUUCUCUGAGCGAUCCCGACCCCAGCUGCAGCUUCGAGCUCCCUACUGUUGAUGGCUGUGCUUGCCCAAAUGGGACCUACCUUCAUGACAGCGGAGCCUGUGUUCUUGACAAGCAGUGUCCUUGUUACUACAAGGGAUCGAUAAUGCCACCAGGAGAGGUCGUUUAUGACAAGGGGGCUAUGUGCACAUGCCAGAGUGGCAGAUUACACUGCGUUGGCAAUACACCAAGCAUUGCAGUGUGCCCUGACAAUAUGGUUUAUUUUGACUGCGCCAAUGCUUCAAACGGAGGAAAAGGAGCUGAGUGUCAGAAAACGUGCCAAACCUUGGACAUGGAAUGUUUCAGUAUUCAGUGUGCUGCGGGUUGUGUCUGUCCGGACGGCCUUGUGCUUAGCAAUAAUGGCAGCUGUAUUCUUGAGGAAGAGUGUCCAUGUGUCCACAAUGGAGAAAUUCACCAAAGUGGAGAAACCAUCCAGCAAGACUGUAAUACAUGCACCUGCAAAGACAGAAAGUGGCAGUGCACACAGAAUGAGUGUCAUAGGACGUGUGUUGUAUAUGGAGAAGGACACUAUGUCACCUUUGAUGGCAAGCGUUUCGAUUUUAGCGGUGACUGUGAAUACACGCUGACUCAGGAUUAUUGCUUAUCUAACUCUGGAAAUGGUACUUUCCGAGUUAUCACGGAGAACAUCCCAUGCGGGACAACGGGAGCCACCUGUUCUAAAGCUAUAAAAGUUUUUCUUGGGAACUUUGAACUGAAACUGAGUGAAGGAUCAUAUGAAGUAUUGGAACGAGACAUUGGCAGUGAAGUCCCCUACCAGGUUAGGCAGAUGGGUAUUUACCUUGUGAUCGAGGCCACAAAUGGAUUAAUUCUCAUGUGGGACAAGAAGACCAGUAUCUUGAUCAAGCUAAGCCCUGAGUUCAAGGGACGGGUUUGCGGUCUUUGUGGUAACUAUGAUGGCAGUGUAUCCAAUGAUUUUAUUACAAGAAGUCAAUCAGUGGUGGUCAAUAUUCAAGAAUUUGGGAACAGUUGGAAAGCUGCCCCCACAUGUCCUGAUGCUCUGCCCCUAAAGGACCCUUGUGUUACCAACCCAUACCGUCAGACAUGGUCCCAGAAGCACUGCAGCUUUAUCAUGGGCUCAACCUUCUCCAAGUGUCAUUCCAAGGUUGAUCCUACUCCUUAUCAUGACACUUGUGUCCAAGACACAUGUGCUUGUGAUUCUGGUGGGGACUGUGAAUGCUAUUGUACCGCUGUUGCUGCCUAUGCUGCUGCCUGUAGUCAAGCAGGAAUUUGUGUUUCAUGGAGAACCCCUGAGAUUUGCCCUCUAUUUUGUGAUUACUAUAACCCUGAAGGAGAGUGUGAUUGGCAUUAUAAGCCUUGUGGAGCUCCCUGCAUGAAGACCUGUAGAAACCCCAGUGGCCACUGCAUGAACACACUACCUGGAUUAGAAGGAUGUUAUCCAAAAUGCCCAAAGGAACGACCUUUCUUUGAUGAAGACAUUAUGAAGUGUGUGGCUCAGGCAAAUUGUGGGUGUUAUGAUGACGAUGGAAAACGUUACAGUGUUGGAGAUAUGGUCCCCUCUUACAAGAACUGUGAAUUAUGUAUUUGCACAAAGAAAGGACGACGCUGUCAGGUGGAUAUGAGGGCAUGUUACUGUUACUAUGGAAAUAUGAAGUACAACUAUGGAGAUGUCAUUUACAACACUACUGAUGGAAUUGGAGGAUGCAUUACAGCCACAUGCUCAUUCAAUGGAACCAUCGCAAGAAAUGUCUACCCUUGUGUUCCCACCACCAAGGCGCCUACCACAACCUUCCAUUUUGAUACAACGAGUAAAAUUCCAUUGAAUAUCUCCACACCAGAGCAAAUGUCAUCAACUUCUGUAUCCUGCCUCGAAGAAGUGUGCAAGUGGUCACCAUGGUAUGAUGUCACCUAUCCCAAAUAUGGAAUAAAAGAAGGAGAUUUUGAAACCUUCGAUAAUAUCAGAAAUAAUGGCUAUUCUGUAUGUAAAGUCCCUUCUCAAGUGGAAUGUCGAGCAAAAAGAUUUCCCAAAAUCUCAGUUACAGACUUGGGCCAGAAAAUACAAUGCAAUACAUCAGUGGGACUUGUAUGUUACAAUCAAGACCAAUUCUCUCAACUAUGUUAUAAUUACGAGAUCAGUAUUCUUUGCUGCACCUUUGUUCCAUGUGGCGAAUCUUCUGCCUCCCCAACACCUUUUGUAACUUCUUCUCCAGACACCACAUUGAUAACAAAAUCCCUAAAGACUACAAUCACAACAUCUAUACCACCAACAGGGACAUUAAAUGCAAUAUCAUCUGAAAAAACUACACCUAGAACAUCUACUAUAAAGUCAGUCACAGAAACUGUAAAGCCUUCUACAACCAAACCUCAAGCAACAACUCACAACACUCCAUGUCAGAAAGAAAUGUGCACUUGGACACCGUGGAUUGAUGUACAUUUCCCUAGCAUUAUAAAUUCUGAUGGAGACUUUGAAACAAUAGAAAACAUUAGAGCUGCUGGAAACAAUGUAUGCUCAAAACCAGAGGACAUUGAGUGCAGAGCUGAAAAAUUUCCAGAUCUAAGUAUUGAAAAAGUUGGCCAAAUAGUUACAUGUAAUGUCACUCAUGGUUUAAUUUGCAAUAACAAAGAUCAGGAAAACAUUUUUCCUCUUUGUUACAACUACCAAAUAAGAAUUCGUUGUUGCUCUAUGGAGGAUUGUGAAGCAUCUACCACCCUUGCUGCUUCAACGGCAAAAAUUCACUCAACCGAACAUCCUACAACUCCAGAAUUCACAAGAACAACUCAACAAUUCACAAAAACUACUGUUUUGCCGACAACUAAAAUACCUUUAACAGUUCAGCAAUCAACAAAAUAUAGCACACAUAUAACUGGUUUACCAACAACUUCAAGCAAAGUAAAUUGUGAGCCAGUCUGUGAGUGGUCUCAGUGGUUUGAUGUAAGCUUUCCUAAUUCUGAUACAAAUGGAGAUUUUGAAACUUAUGAAAACAUUAGAAAUUCUGGAUUUACAGUCUGCCAAGAGCCUUCCAAUAUUCAAUGUAGAUCUACUGUUAUUCCAGAUUUACCCCUUGAAGAACUUCAACAAAACGUGUACUGCAACAUUAGUAAUGGAUUGGUUUGCCGGACUGAGGAACAAACUGGCCCAUUUUCUUAUUGUUACAAUUAUGAAAUCCGUGUGUACUGCUGUUCUGGAUGUGCAUCAACAGAGGGCAUACCUACUUCUACUAAACACUCACUGAGCACUACACAUUUAACAACAACAUUAAAAGCUGCUACUAGUGUUCCUCAGACAACAAAGAACAGGGUCACACUGCUGCCUACCUCACCAUAUGAGUCGACUACUGAUUUUGGAAAGUUAACAACUGAUGAAGAUGUCUAUACAUACACACCAAAGAAAACACAAGCAACUGUUCCAUUUACUGAACCACUUGAAAAAAUUACUGAAUUUACAACAGCUGUUAAUACACAAAGACCAAUUUCAACUACAGUUGAAAAAGUAUCUACUACUUCAAACAAACAUGAUUCAAUAAAAACCACUAAAAUGUCUGAAGAGACAUCUGCCUAUAAAACUACACCUGGAAAACCAAUAACAUCUGAAACAGUCUAUCCAAAAGAAACUACUGCAUUCAGAAAGUCAACCACAGAAGCCGAGCAUAAUGUAGAAACAACUUCACAAAAGCUUGUCUCCAUGAAAACCACAAAAAUGUCUACUGAGUCUGGAGAAGUAACAUCUGCCUUCAAAACGACACCUGGAAAACCAAUGACAUCUGAAACAUUAUCUCCAAAAGAAACUACUGUAUAUAGGAAGUCUACCACAGGAGGCGAGUAUGAAAAAUCCACUUCACAGAAGCUUGUCUCCAUGAAAACCACUAAAAUGUCUACCGAAUCUGGAGAAGUAACAUCUGCCUUUAAAACUACUGGCAAAAUGACUUCUGCCAAGGCAAGCACUUCUUUUAGUAAGCCAACCACUGAGUCUGAACAUGUGACAUCUGGAAAACCCAUUCAAACUACUAAAGUGUCUACAGAAUCUAAUGAAAUCACUUCUGCCUACAAAACAACACCUGGAAAACCAAUGACAUCUGAAACAGUGAAUCCAAAAGAAACUACUACAUACAGGAGGUCAACCACAGAAGCUGAGCAUGAAGAAACCACUUCCCAGAAGCUUGUCUCUGUGAAAACCACUAAAAUGUCUACCGAAUCUGGAAAAGUAACAUCUGCCUUCAAAACUACUGGCAAAAUUACUUCUUCCAAGGCAAAUACUGAUUUGCAUAAGUCAACCACUGAGUCUGAGCAUGAAGAUAUGACAUCUAGAAAACCUGUCACAACUGCAAAAGUGUCUACGGAAUCUCAUGAAGUCACUUCUGCCUACAAAACAUCACCUGGAAAACCAAUGACAUCUGAAACAUUAUCUCCAAAAGAAACUACUGUAUAUAUGAGGUCAACCACAGGAGGUGAGCAUGAAGAAACCACUUCCCAGAAGCUUGUCUCCAUGAAAACCACUAAAAUGUCUACUGAGUCUGGAGAAGUAACAUCUGCCUUCAAAACUACUGGCAAAAUGACUUCUGCCAAGGCAAGUACUUCUUUCAGUAAGCCAACCACUGAGUCUGAACAUAUGACAUCUGGAAAACCCAUUCAAACUACUAAAGUGUCUACAGAAUCUAAUGAAGUAACAUCUGCCUACAAAACAACACCUGGAAAACCAAUAACAUCUGAAACAAUGUAUCCAAAAGAGACUACUACAUAUAGGAAGUCAACCACAGAAACUGAGCAUGAAGAAACCACUUCACAGAAGUUUGUCUCUGUGAAAACCACUAAAAUGUCUACUGAAUCUGGAGAAGUAACAUCUGCCUUCAAAACUACUGGUAAAAUGACUUCUACCAAGGCAAGCACUUCUUUCAGUAAGCCAAACACUGAGUCUGAACAUGUGACAUCUGGAAAACCCAUUGAAACUACUAAAGUGUCUACAGAAUCUAAUGAAGUAACAUCUGCCUACAAAACAACACCUGGAAAACCAAUGACAUCUGAAACAUUAUCUCCAAAAGAAACUACUGUAUAUAUGAGGUCAACCACAGGAGGUGAGCAUGAAGAAACCACUUCCCAGAAGCUUGUCUCCAUGAAAACCACUAAAAUGUCUACUGAGUCUGGAGAAGUAACAUCUGCCUUCAAAACUACUGGCAAAAUGACUUCUGCCAAGGCAAGUACUUCUUUCAGUAAGCCAACCACUGAGUCUGAACAUAUGACAUCUGGAAAACCCAUUCAAACUACUAAAGUGUCUACAGAAUCUAAUGAAGUAACAUCUGCCUACAAAACAACACCUGGAAAACCAAUGACAUCUGAAACAUUAUCUCCAAAAGAAACUACUGUAUAUAUGAGGUCAACCACAGGAGGUGAGCAUGAAGAAACCACUUCCCAGAAGCUUGUCUCCAUGAAAACCACUAAAAUGUCUACUGAGUCUGGAGAAGUAACAUCUGCCUUCAAAACUACUGGCAAAAUGACUUCUGCCAAGGCAAGUACUUCUUUCAGUAAGCCAACCACUGAGUCUGAACAUAUGACAUCUGGAAAACCCAUUCAAACUACUAAAGUGUCUACAGAAUCUAAUGAAGUAACAUCUGCCUACAAAACAACACCUGGAAAACCAAUGACAUCUGAAACAUUAUCUCCAAAAGAAACUACUGUAUAUAUGAGGUCAACCACAGGAGGUGAGCAUGAAGAAACCACUUCCCAGAAGCUUGUCUCCAUGAAAACCACUAAAAUGUCUACCAAGUCUGGAGAAGUAACAUCUGCCUUCAAAACUACUGGCAAAAUGACUUCUGCCAAGGCAAGCACUUCUUUCAGUAAGCCAACCACUGAGUCUGAACAUGUGACAUCUGGAAAACCCAUUCAAACUACUAAAGUGCCUACAGAAUCUCAUGAAGUAACAUCUGCCUACAAAACAACACCUGGAAAACCAAUGACAUCUGAGACAAUCUAUCCAAAAGAAACUACUACAUACAGGAGGUCAACCACAGAAGCUGAGCAUGAAGAAACCACUUCCCAGAAGCUAUUCUCUGUGAAAACCACUAAAAUGUCUACCGAAUCUGGAGAAUUAACAUCUGCCUUCAAAACUACUGGCAAAAUUACUUCUGCCAAGGCAAGCACUUCUUUCAGUAAGCCAAACACUGAGUCUGAACAUGUGACAUCUGGAAAACCCAUUCAAACUACUAAAGUGUCUACAGAAUCUCAUGAAGUCACGUCUGCGCACAAAACAACACCUGGAAAACCAAUGACAUCUGAAACAAUGUAUCCAAAAGAAACUACUACAUACAGGAGGUCAACCACAGAAGCUGAGCAUGAAGAAACCACUUCCCAGAAGCUUGCCUCCAUGAAAACCACUAAAAUGUCUACCGAAUCUGGAGAAGUAACAUCUGCCUUCAAAACUACUGGCAAAAUUACUUCUGCCAAGGCAAGCACUUCUUUCAGUAAGCCAAACACUGAGUCUGAACAUGUGACAUCUGGAAAACCUAUUCAAACUACUAAAGUGUCUACAGAAUCUCAUGAAGUAACUGCAACAUCUCAUAGCAUUUUCAGUACAAAGAGUACACCUGAAGGAACGUUCUCCACUAAGUUAAAUUCUCAGCAACCUUCAAAAUCGACGCAUCAGUCAAUGUACCCAACUUCUGGAAAAGUGAGCACUGAGAGCACUGUUACAUCAACCUCUCGACUAUCAACAGCAACCACUGAAUCGUUUUCUACAGUCCGAUGCAUGUGCAAUAUCAACAGAGUUUUAGUUCCUCCAGGACAAGUGAUAUACAACACCACUGACAAUGCAGGCUGGUGUUUCUAUGCAAAAUGCAAUCAAAACUGUGAGGUGGAAAGAUACAGUGAACAAUGUUACAGUUCUACUGUGCCAACUGUUACCAGUAGUACUAAGACCUCAAAGACUGUAACUGCAAGUACAGGUACUAUGACUACAAAGAAGACAGAAAGUACUACUAAGAAAGCAGAAACAAGCACCAAGACAUCUCAGACAUCUCAAACAAAGACUUCAACAUCAAGUGCUAGUUCAACCAGCACUAUCAACCCUGGAUGCAGUGCUCUCAUGCCUCCACGAGUGGUGAACGAAACUUGGAUGAUAGACAAUUGUACCCAGGCAAGAUGUAUCGGAGGAAACAACAUAGCCAUAAAUAAGAAAGAGUGUGCACCAAUAAAGGAGGUGGUCUGUGCCAAUCGCUUACAGCCCCAGAAGACAUUUGAUGAUAGUGGCUGCUGCUAUGAGCCGGAAUGUCAAUGUGUUUGCGGUGGUUGGGGAACCUCUAACUAUAUCACUUUUGAUGGUACUUACUACUCUUUUAAUGGUCAAUGCACCUAUGUCCUGGUGCAGCAGAUAACUCCAGUCUUUGAUCACUUCCGAGUUUAUAUUGACAACUUCUCUUGCAACCCUGAUGACCCAAAUUGUGUGAAGACUCUACGCAUUAUGUACAAAAAUGACACUUUUGUGCUGAAAUCCCAGUCUUUGAUUCAAAGAAUAUUCAACAAGAUUUACAUAAAUGGACAGAGAGUAUAUCCAGCAAUCUACAGAAAUGGUAUAUUGAUCACAACCUCCGGUAUAUAUGUUGUUGUGGAGAUCCCAGAGCUUGGUGCAUACAUCUCAUUCAAUGCUCUUAGCUUCACGGUGAAACUUCCAAUCAGCAAGUUUUCUGGUAAUACUCAAGGACACUGUGGUAAAUGUUCAAAUAAUCGGAUUGAUGACUGUAUUCUUCCAAAUGGACAACUGGCUCCAUCAUGUACUCAAAUGGCAGGGCAAUGGAAUGCACCAAGUGAAGACUCAACAUGCAGCUCUAUCCCUACAACUGCCCCAACUGGUAUUCCAAGCCAGUCUGCACUCCCAUUCUCUUCAUUGCCACCCACAUAUUUCUCCACUGUUAUGUCCAGUGUUCCCCAUAUUCUUUCAACAAGGGUUCCAUCAACUGAGCUGUCUUAUCUUCCUUCAACCUCUUUGACAACAAAGCAAGUAAUUUCGUCAGAAGAACCCUGCAAUGCCCCUGAGGUCUGCACACUUAUUUUAAGCAGUGUCUUUGAGAAAUGCCACAGUGUUGUGCCCCCCGAACCUUACUACCAGGCCUGUGUCACUGAUGGCUGUACUAAGUCACAAGGUGACAUUCUGUGUUCCAGUCUACAGAGCUAUGCAAGGAUCUGCGGAAUACAAGGUGUCUGUUUAGACUGGAGAAACAGUACCAAUGGUUUAUGCUCUAUGAACUGUACCUCACAUCUUGUGUACAAUCCAUGUGGCCCUGCAGUAGAACGUACCUGUGAUUCCAGAUAUAAUGACGCAUUUUUGAAUGUGGGUACAAAAGACUUCAUGGAAGGAUGCUACUGCCCUGAAAACAUGACAAAAUACAACGCCGUAUCAGACAAAUGUGUUUCCACUUGUGGAUGUACUGGACCAGAUGGAAUGCCUAGAGAGCCUGGUGAUACGUGGGACAGCAACUGUAAGACCUGUCGCUGUGAUAACACAUCAAUGAGUGUGCAGUGCGUUGAAAAAUCCUGCGCUUUACCUGUCUCUGAAAACUGCACUAAGGAAGGAUAUAUGCCUGUUUCUGUACCAGACCUAUCUAAUCCAUGCUGCCUAGUCACUGAAUGCCGUUGUAAUGUCAGUCUUUGCUCCAACACUAAAAAGGACUGUGAGCCUGGAUAUGAGUCUGUGCUAUAUUUGAGCCCAGAAGAGUGCUGCCCAGUCUACAAAUGUGAACCCAAAGACGUGUGUGUACAUAAUGGAACAGAAUAUCAGCCUGGUACCCCAGUUAUUUCUUCAAACCCCUGUGAAAAAUGUAUGUGUGAUGAAAAUAUGAAUGAGACAACAGGAAUAUAUCAUGUUUCUUGUACUCCAGUGAUAUGUGACAAGAAGUGUGCUCAGGGCUUUAAAUAUACAAACGUCCCAGGACAAUGCUGUGGAAUAUGUGAACAGACAGAGUGUAUCAUGGACUUGCCUGAUAACUCCACACAUCUUCUCAAGCCUGGAGAUACAUGGUCGCCUCCUGGAGAUAACUGCACUGAAUAUGAAUGUAUCCGUAAGAAAGACACGUUAUUAACUGUGGCAUCCAAAAUAUCAUGCCCAAGAAUCAACCUCGAUGAAUGUGUACCUGGCACCAUUCAAAAAGAUCCAAGCGGAUGUUGUGUAACAUGUAUGAUAAAAGAAAAGAAAUGUCAGAAUGUAAAGACGGAAAACAUUAUUUUUCAAAAUGGCUGCAAGUCUAUCAAGCCUGUUACGAUGUCAUACUGUAAAGGAAACUGUGACAGCUAUUCCAAAUACUCUGUAAAAUCUCAGUCUAUGGAGCAAAAAUGUGUUUGUUGCCAAGAGACAGAAACAGAAAAGAUUUCCAUUAUCCUUACUUGUCCCAACGGCAAGACAAUGAAAUACUCUUUUAUUAAUGUGAAGAAAUGUAGCUGUGUUGACACCACCUGCAAAACAGAUCACAAACAGAAUAAUGAUGAAGAUUACUCUGGAGAUGGUAGCCAAUCAUAUUCAAAAGAGAAAGAGGUAGAUGGUAAGGACAAAAUAGUUCCAGUAACCAAGCAGGGCCCUACAAUCUCAAACAAACCAAUGAAGACCACUAGGCAGCUUCAGGAGAAAAAAGACAACGAUGACAUAAAUAGAGAGAAUAGUAAGGAAAAUGAAAGCUCUGAACAAAAUAACAAGUCAGAUUCGAAGGAGAAAGUAGAUAAGGAAAAGGUAUCUCCAGUAACCAAAAAGGUUCCUGGGCUCACAAACAAACCAAUAAAGACCACUAGGCAGCUUCAGGAGAAAAAAGACAACGAUGACAUAAAUAGAGAGAAUAGUAAGGAAAAUGAAAGCUCUGAACAAAAUAACAAGUCAGAUUCGAAGGAGAAAGUAGAUAAGGAAAAGGUAUCUCCAGUAACCAAAAAGGUUCCUGGGCUCACAAACAAACCAAUAAAGACCACUAGGCAGCUUCAGGAGAAAAAAGACAACGAUGACAUAAAUAGAGAGAACAGUAAGGAAAAUGAAAGCUCUGAACAAAAUAACAAGUCAGAUUAG